AUGACACAAUUCGAGGUUCAGAGAGUGGCUACCAAACUUAUGGCAGCGAUAUUUUUAGUUUGCGCAGGAAUACCUCUGGUGGACACCUCCCUAAAAGAUGCAGGAGGAAAACUUAUUAAAGAAAAACUUUUAUUACCAGACAACGCGCCGGUUCACACAGCUCAAGUUCAGAGCUGUUCGUACUUAGUGAUGGAGUAUGGUAAUCUUUCUGAGUUGUCUAGGGAGCAGCUAACUGAUAUUAUAUUAAAACUUAAGCAACAGCUUGACGACUAUAAUAGUGCUUUUAAUAUUAUAGAAAAUCAAAAACAUAGAGGUGAUAGAGAAGAACCCGACACAAACAUUAGAUGUAACCAGCGCCUUAUCAACUCUAUAAGAAUAAAUAAUAAAGUCAAAAAACUUAGAAAAAAGGCAUUUGACUUCUCCUUGUACAAUAAAAGAAAAGUAGUGUUUAAAAUAUUAUACUUUGGUUGGUCCUAUAGUGGACUAGCCUCGCAGGCCACUGUUGAGUCUACGAUAGAGAAUAAACUUUUCGAAGCCUUAAAGAAAGUAUGCCUCGUCGAAAGUAGGGAGACCUGUCAAUACAGUCGUUGUGGCAGGACAGAUAAAGGUGUAAGCGCUUUUUCACAGAUUGUUAGUUUGGUAGUGCGUUCCAAUCUUGCUAAUUGCAGGGGAAUUAUCAAAACGGAAAAUAGAAAUGUGCGCACAGGAGAAAGCGAGUUAGAUUAUUUACAACUUAUGAACCGAGUUUUACCAAAAGAUAUUAGGGUCCUCGCUUGGGCCCCUGUUGAUCUUACUUUUGAUGCAAGAUUUAAUUGUCAGUCACGUGUUUACAAGUAUUAUUUUUUCCUCGGCUCACUGGAUGUUGAGAAGAUGAAGUUAGCAGCACAAAAGUUUCGCGGUAUUCACGACUUUCGCAACUUUUGCAAGAUGGAUUUAGCCAACGGCGUCUUUAAUUUUGAACGUGAAAUUUACAAGUUCGACAUCUCCCUCUGCACUGAUGUUCAAACUUUUUUAAGAGAUUUUUGUGGGCAAUCCGAGAUAAGAAAUAUACUUGAUGCAGUUUAUGAAUUUAUCAUCCACGGCUCCUCCUUUCUCUGGCAUCAGGUUCGGUGCAUGGUGGCCGUCUUGUUUCUAAUCGGCAGCGGACUUGAGGAGCCCAGUGUAAUAGACGAGUUGCUGAAUGUCCAAAAAAAUCCGAGAAAACCCAUGUACAAGAUGGCGCCUGAGAUGCCUCUCACUCUCUACGAUUGUGUUUAUGAGGAACUGCAAUGGCAAAGCGAAGAAAUGGAAACCUUGAGAACUCUUGAGUCCCUAAACGAUCUUUGGGAAGAGCAUGCCGUAAAGGCGCUUCACAUACGCAACGCAAUGGCCUCCUUUAGCCAAAAGGCUUGUUCAAGGACUACAGAUACCGCAAAAGUUUAUGUACCUACGUCGAGGAGUAAAAAAUACCAUAAGUUGUUAUUACGCCCUAAAAAUGGUACUUUACAAGAAAGAUUGUCAGAACUAUCCAGUAAUAGACUUAGAAGAUUAGAAAAAAAUGUAGUAAAACGCCCAGGAGUGUACAGAGAAAGUGGAGUUCUACCCUUUAAUAAAAACACAUCGAAACUUCCUCUGGCUUCUAUUCGCACUGUCCUCCUUGAAUCAUGCAAAUUGAUAUUUUGUGUGUCAGUCCAACUCACUUGUUGAUUGCCAAUACUCUCAAUACUAUUAUGUAUAAUAUUAUGGCGAACUACCUCGCUUAUAUACCGCUUGUUUACUUUUAGUCGUCUUCUUAA